UCCGUCGCGAUACAAAAAUAUUUCGCAAUUGAAUCGCAGACAGCAAUGACUUCGCUAGAUUCUUUCCGCGAAACGUCAUUUGUUUAAAAUUAAUUUUCAUUGUAGUGCUGUUGUUGUCGUUGCACGACGAGGAAAUCUCGCUUAUCAAGUGGUUUAAUUGCUGAAGUGGAAAACGCGAAACAAGAAAAAAAAGGUUUGACGUGAAAAAAGAGACGUGACAACUUCAGAAAAUGGCGGAAAAGGACGUGCGAGAUGCCGAGCAAGUAGCUACUUCGGAGAAUUCGCUGCUGGCGAACGAUGGCGGGACCGAGCUGAAAAUCUUGCAGAAAAUCAACGAUUUGUAUCAGAAACGAAUUGAUGAAGUAGAACGUGUUGAAGGUGAUUUAGAGGAACCGAGUGAGCAAGUCUUGGCACUGAAGCUCGAGAACAAAAUUCUUCGCGAAUGGAAUCAAAAGUCGCAAGAAACCAUCCAACAGCUGUGCACGGAAAUGACAGAAACGGAAUCUCUCUUGGGCGAAAAGUACGAACAAAUGCUGAAAAACAUGGAAAAAGUGCCGCGCAUGAUUGAAAUCGAGCAGGAGAAGCUCCUGAAGGAAAUAAAUGAACUCAAAUCGCGUCCCUCGGAUGAAAUUGUGGGAGAUUCGCAGCUUGUGACACUGAAACGAAAGCUCGAAGAAGUCACCGAGGAACGAGAUUCGCUGAAAGAAGAGACCCAAAAGCUCGCAAAAGUCAUAAAUUCGAUACAGGAAGGCGAUUCUUUGGUAAAUUCGCGCACGCAACGCUUGGAACAGGAAAAUGCGGAUCUGAAAGCACGCAUCGCUGAGCUCGAAUCACAAUCAAAACGCAGUUCCUUGAGUCUUUUGGACAAAAUUGACUUUAAUUCAUCCGACGGGAGUGCUAUUGAUGGUUGUCAGUUGGAAAUAUUGCCUCUUCAGACAGAAUCCUCUACCACACUGUUGCCUGAGACGUCAGAAACGGAAGAUAUUUGGAGUAAUUUCCUCAAAAAAGUCGAAAAUUCGUUAAAAAUCGACCCCGAAGAAUUCCAAACUGUCGAUUCUGUGGAUAAAUUAUGGAAAAUAAUCGAAUCCAAUACCGAAAAUGCUGUGAAAAGUUCCUCAAACUCCUCAAAUGAUGCCGAAAUUCAAGUUGAUGUUCCCCAGCAACUCGGCACAGUCGUUCAAACAAUCACAGAAACCGCAAAUAGCGUCGUCGCACUUCUCGAGACGAUCGAAUCACACAAUACGGACCUCCCAAUCGAUGAAAUUCGUGCUCUUCUAACAGAUUUUGAUGCUUUACUUGCCUCCAUUAAAUCUUCCGCUGAGACAAAAAUCAAAACAAAGUUCACGAAAACGGGCGACGUCGAAAUUACGGGAUUUGUCGAUAUACCCGAAACGAAAUUCAAGGAAUUUGUGGAAAAGUUUCAAACGCACGAGAAAAGUGUCAAUGCGAAAAUUACAGAAAAAAAUAAAAAUGACAUGCAUGCGUUCCGUCGAGGUCUUGCAUCGCUCGUGCCGCAAAUUGAACAUCUCAGGGAUCAAAUUCAGGACAAAAAUUACUACCAGAAGGAGAAUAAGGCGUUAUUGAAGCGAAUUGAGACGUUGGAGAAGAAAAUUGUGUCGUUGCAGGGAACGAUAACGAAGACUUUUAAUUCGCUGGCGAGCUCGGAUAUGCUUGAGGAGAAGAAAAGAACGGAAUUGCAACAAGCUUUCAAGAUGAAUGACAUGAUUGGACUUACUUUGGCGAUCCAGUCGAUAGGAGUAGGGAUGAGAAAUGAAAUUUUCGCUGCCUCAAUGGAGUCGGAGAAGAGCAGAGAGGAGGUUCGAAUGAUGAAAAAGAAGUUGGAAGACAUGGAAAAGAAACAAGAAGAGCUGAUAAAGAAUCCCGUGGUUACGGAAAAGGAAACUAAGGAGAUGGAAAAAAUGAUGGGGAUGCAAAAAAUAGCCGAAGAGGAAAGUCGUCAAAUGAAAAAGUACAUCGCCUCUGUCAGAUUGGAGCUCAUCCAUUUGCUAACCGAAACGCGUAAUCAGCACUCGUCAGAUGGCACGGACUCGAGUAUCACGUCGGAUUAUGACACGGUGUCGCUGGCGGGCCUCAUGAACGACUUGAAACGCGAGAUUAUCAUGAAAGACGAGGUGCUGAAGAGUCGCCAAGUGACUGUCGAUAAUCUCGAAAUGUGUUUGGCGGAGAUGAAACGACAUCUGGACCGCAUCGAGAAGGAAAAUCACACAUUGACAAAGACAAAUAGUGAGUUAAGCAAGCAAUUGAGUGUCGUUGAGAAGGAAAAGCAGGAAAUUGCCGAGAAGAAAGAGGAGUUUGACAAGUUGGUAACGGACAACCAACAAGAAUUAGCGAGUCUCAAACAGGCAAAGGAACAACUCGAGUUCGAGCACGCUAAUCAAACGCAAACGAUACAACACUUGCGUCGCGUCUUGGAAGAGACAAAGCGCAAUGGUAAUGCUACCGUAAGUCCAUCAUCAUCAUCAUUUCUGAGCACAUUUUUCCGAUCAGUGCAUGAUGUGUGAAAAUUAACAAUUUUUUUUUUACUUAAUUUUUUUUAGUUCUUAAUUAGUUGUUAAGUAGCACUCCUGACAUUUUUAUCAUUCUUAAUUUUGCUUUUUUAGAAACACAAUUUAUGUUCAAUGUCACAUUUUUGUGUCAAUUGCACCCGAAAAUGAAGAGUGAGUUUGUUGUACUUACGAGUCAAGCUUUAAAAGCUUUUUAUGUUAAUUUUUUUUUAAUAAUUUUAACUUCUUUAUGUUUUUAAGAUCUCAUAUCCUGCCAUUAGAAGCUAUUUUUUUGGCUAAAAAUUCAUCGACGCAUUUGUUGCUAAUAAUUUUUUAUUAUUUUGCAAUUCAUUCAAAAAAUUUUUGCAACGAAAAAAAAUUGUAACGUCUUUUUAUCUUAUUUUCUUUAUUUAUUUACAUGCUCUCUCCUUGUUCUCUUUACAUUUGAAAAAAUAUUUACAAAUAUCUAAAAAAUGUGUAAUAAAUUGGAUUACCACACACCAAUCAACUGCAACAACAAAAA